CCACUAUGGCGAUACCAUCUCUGCUCGUCGAUGAUAUUGGCGGCUAUACACCAGGGGAUAUGGUACCAUGGCACUUCAUACCAAGCAUCAUCGUUGCUUCCUUUUUCGCCAGUCUCAGUGGUACGCUGUUGACCAUUGAACUACUCCAACGAAAGCGGUUGGGCAAGGUACACCUUUUUGCUUGUUCGGUAAGUAUGGGCCUCAUCGGUAUAUGGUGCAUGCACUUUAUUGGUAAUCGAUCCAUUGCUCUGGCAAAUGGCCAGAGUCGGCUACAGCUCGUCUAUAAUCCUGCAUACACUGGACUAUCAUGUGUUCUACCAGUCAUUGGCCUGGCCAUAGCUUUCCAGAUUGCGGAAGUCAGCAUCAGCUCCUUUGUCCUGCGCAGACUUCUUGACGUUGCCUGCGGGCUCAUGGCCGGGCUUUCAAUCGUCUCCAUGCACUAUGUUGGGAACCUUGGAGUGUCAAACUAUACGCUGAUAUAUCCAAGACGGUAUAUUAUUGCUGCCUGUAUCAUCGCUGUUGGCGAGUCGACAAUUGCCCUUGCGUUGUUCUUCUACUUCAAAGAACGAUGGAUCAGCGUCUGUUGGAAACGCUGUCUUUGCGCGCUUCUACUUGCAGUCGGAGUGUGCGGUAUGCACUUUACCGCAUCUGUCGGCUGCCAGUAUCAGCUCAAGCGUAUUCCAUCCGAAGCGGCGCCUGACGCAAGAAACACGCCCGUGAUUGUGGCCGCUACCAUGAGCCCAGUGUAUGAUGCUAGCAUGGUACCACCAGAUUUUCUGCUUGUCAUUGCCUACUUCGACGAGCAUGGCAAUAUCAUGGUUACGAAUGAAGGGACUUUACCUUCGCAGAGGAUUGCUAAACGUUUUGUGCUUCAAAAAUUUGACGACCACUUUGGCAUACACCAUCCUGUCUGGUUCUGGAUUUGGAAAGUGAGUUGCGACUGGAAAAGUGUCGUUGAUCUGAUUCCCAAAAUGCGCGCCCACCUCCAAAGGACGAACGUCUAUAGCGGUUACAACACAGCGGCAUCAAGCAGGAGUAGUAUUCACGAUGAGGAGAGCUAUCACGACUCGAGCGUCUUGUUUCGAGAAGGAUACUGCGUAGCCGCAUCGGAUCUCGCCGCGCAAUUACAAGUACCUCUUGUGGACGGCCUAGGUCCUCUUUACGAUCAAGUCUUGGGUACGGGUCUUCUGACGGCGUACCAACACGGCAUCAAGGCCCUCGAUAACGACGGUACUCAACAAUCAACAAUUUUCGAAAAAGGCCAGCUAUUGUUCUACACCCGCAGGUUAUCCCCUCCUGAAUUGGACCACUACACGGCAGCUGGGUUCAGAUUCGCUCCGUUGAAUCGUGUCGAAGGUGCCAUUGCGAACACGAUGCAGAUCCCGAUCGGUCUUCUCGCAAUACAAAUGCAGCGCGUACAAGACUUUGCCUACAGAACGAGUGUGCCUUGCCCUCCGAAACAAGGCACUUUUUUCGUCUGUCUCGCCGCUCUUGCUCGAAUUCGCGAUAGCUUCCGAGUGCUUGUACCAAUAGAUAGGCAAGAUGAAUUACCAGAUGUUCAGGUUGGGGAACGUUGGCUCAUGGAUCUUGUCUUUUGCGCAGAACCAAUCACGAUACGCUAUGGUGCAAACAAGGCACAAAGAGAUGGUCUGACGAUGGUAUUUGGCUUCACUAGAUUGGUGGACAUUCACCAGCCGGCUCGCAAACUCCCUGCCGGCCUUACACUCGCUAGUUGGGAUCUUGUGAGGAUGCGACAACACUACUAUCCUGGAUGCGACGAUCAAGGCCGGAUCCGAAGAGAAGUUCACGCAGAGUUUGGAGCACUUCUUACAAAGCAUGAAGAAGCCAUUCGCUCGGAAGGACAGCGAGUCAGAUCUCACAAGUUUGGUCGAACACGUUCGGCGUGCUCAGACGAUAGUGGUGUACUUAAGCAAGACUCUUGGUUCGAAGGCAGGCAUAUGGAAGCAAGAAGAGGCUCGAUUGACUCGAUCAUUGGACACCCUCAGCCAUGGGGCGGUAUCCUCGCGACAACAGAUACGGUUAUCGAAGGUGUGUCCAAGACAGGGAUCGAGUUGCGCAAUCUGACUCCUCAAGUAACCGCAGGAGCGUCGGCAAUGGUGGUCACCAAGGAGCCCAAGACUUUUGUGGAUUACCUCUAUGAACAAGCAAAGGGUCGUGCAUGUCUUAUUGUUUCUACU